AUGAGGGACGAGCUUCUCGAGGAGCAAUAUGGAUUUGUGCCGUACUACGAGGGGAGGAGAAGAGAGGGGUGGCUGCUGAACUAUGCAACUGUUACGCUUAAGGAUGGAAGGAUGAAAACAAAGCUCUACCUGAUUGAUGGAGAAGGAGUCGAGUUUCUUGUGAAGAUUCCCUAUUUUCCUUCGUUUCUGGUCAAGGCCUCGGACUACGAUGUUGUGGAGGAAUACCUCAGGAAAAGAUAUUCUGGGGAGAUCCACGACAUUGAGAGGACCCAUCGGGUCGACUUUAAGGAAUACAACCACCUGAGCAAGGAACCCGGGGUGUUUCUAAAAGUGAGGUUCAAGACCGAUACAGGAUUUGGGGAUGCUGUAAAGGACGUUAGAAGAGUUGUUGCAAGGAACAAGGUACAGAGGAGGGACGAGUACGACUGCUUUGGGGAGGGAAGAGGCCUCAAUGCCGAGGACUUCAUAGUAUCCAUCUGCGAGCACGACAUUCCUGUAGAGGUAUGCGCUGCUAAUGAUCUUGGGAUUAGAUGCGGAAGGUGGUACGGGUUCCGUUACACUGGAGAGAUGUACGUUAUAGAGAAGAGCGAAAGGAUCGUGUUUCCCGAUCUCAGAAUACUUGCAUUUGACAUUGAGACAUCUAAAAGGCCACUGAAGUUUCCUAACGCAGACUCUGACGAGGUGAUGAUGAUAUCGGUCAAAACUGAGGGCUAUGGAGAGCUGAUUGUAAACAGGGGGUUGGUUUCUAAGGACAUCCGAGGAUUUGAAUAUAGCCCGAAGGAGGAUAUGCAGUGUACAUUUUGUGCGGUAAACGAGAGUAGCGAGGAGGGGGUGCUGAUCAGGUUUGUGGAGACUAUCCAAAGACACAGACCCCACCUGAUAACAACGUUCAACGGGGCGCUGUUUGACUUUCCAUUUCUGGAGAAGAGGAUGCUGAGGUAUGGGAUAAGCCUCAGGGAGACUGCUGGGUUUGUUCGGAGGGAUGAGUACUACAUUUCGCCGUUUAUUGUGCAUCUUGAUUGCUACAAGUGGGUUAGAAGAGACUCGUAUCUUCCCGCAGGAAGCCAAGGCCUUAAGGCUGUUACCAAGGCAAAGCUGGGGUACUUUCCAGACGAGGUUGACCCUGAGGACAUGGUUGGGCUUGCGGUAUCUGAUCCUGAGAGAAUGGGAUCCUACUCUGCUUCCGACUCUGUUGCCACGUAUUUCCUUUACAUCAAGUAUGUCCAGCCUCAUGUUUUUUCUAUGUGUUCUCUUAUUCCUCUUCCGCCGACGUCAGCGCUCUGCCAGGGGUCUGGAACGCUGUGCGAGGCGCUGCUUAUUUCCGAGGCUACAGCGUACGGGGUAUUGGUUCCCGAGAAGAGAAGGGAGACCAAGAUGCAGGAGCAUAAUGGACACAUAGCAGAGAGCAUUACAUAUGUUGGAGGGCAUGUCGAAUGUCUCAAGUCCGGGAUUUUCAGGUCGGACUUUGAGUACGAGUUUGAUGUAGAUAAGGAGUUUAUCGACACGGUGGCCUUGAAGAUUGACGAGAUGCUUUCGGAGUACAGGGGGGAAGAGGGCUUUGAGGACAUGAGAGGAAAGGUUCUUAGGAACCUGCAGGAAAACAGAGGAGGAUUCCGGAGAGAGGGGCUUAUAUAUCACUUAGAUGUCGGAGCGAUGUAUCCAAACAUCAUACUCACUAACAAGCUGCAGCCCAUUGCAAUUGUCGACGAAGACGCCUGUAUAAGAUGUGACUUUUCGGACGAGUCGAACGGAUGCAAGAAAAGAAUGGAGUGGACUCUCAAGGUUGAGUACAUUCCUGCAGGUAGGGAAGAGACCGAAAGGAUCAGGAAACAGAUAAGAAGGGAAAAAGGGUUUGCAGGAGACGAGAAUGAAGAACUGAGGCAGAGGGCUAGAAGAUAUUCCAAGGACACGUAUAGGAGGGCAAAGGUAAGGGAGAGCUGUAUUAGAAGCUCGACUGUCUGCCAGCGGGAGAUUCCGUUCUAUGUGGAGACGGUUAGGAAGUUCAGGGAUCAAAGAUAUGUCUACAAGAAGCUGCAUUCCCAGGCACAGAAGGCCUUUGAGUCUGCAUCGUCUGAUGAGGAAAGAAAGCAUGCAAUGAAGUCUGUCGUUGUGUAUUCCUCGUUGCAGAUUGCACACAAGUGUGUUUUGAAUUCCUUCUAUGGAUAUGUGAUGAGAAAGAGUUCGCGGUGGUACAGCAUGGAGAUGGCAGCAAUAGUGUGCAAUGUUGGAGGAAACAUUAUCAAGAGGGCAAAGGAGGUUGUGGAGAAGAUAGGGAUUUCAUUGGAGCUCGACACAGAUGGGAUAUGGUGCAUAGUUCCAUCCUCACUGAUAUCCUCAUAUACGCUCCCGUCUGGAAGAAGGUUCUCGUUUCUAUCCAGCCUUCUGAACCACUUCGUGUGCAAGGAGUUUACAAACUGGCAGUAUCAGGAGAGAGUUGACGGUAAGUAUGUCAUGAGGGCAGAGAACUCGAUAUUUUUUGAGAUUGACGGGCCAUACAGGGCAAUGCUCCUUCCGUCAUCCACCGAGGAAAGCAAGCUGCUGAAGAAGAGGUAUGCAAUAAUCGACAGCAACAACAGGAUAGCGGAGCUGAAGGGAUUUGAGAUAAAAAGACGGGGAGAGCUUGAGAUUGUCAAGAAGUUUCAGGAGGAGCUGUUUCUGCAUUUUCUGGACGGAAGCAACUUGGAAGAAUGUUACGAGUCACUUGCCGGGGUAUGCAGAUACUGGCUGGACAUACUAAAGAGCAGAGGAGAGUACCUGGACGACGACACGAUUCUUGAGCUGCUAUCUGAGAGCAGGAGCAUGUCGAAAGGAUUCGGCGAGUAUAGAGGGAGGAAGUCGAAUCUCACCGUUACGGCGCUUCGGAUGUCGGAGCUUCUAGGUGAGGGGAUUCUCGAGGAGAAGUUGAAGUGUGAGUACAUUGUUGCGGUAUAUCCGGAGAAUGGGUCUGUUGCAGAGAGGGCCAUCCCGGUGGUUGUUUUUCGUUCUGAGCAAAAAGAAGAGUUUCUCAGGAGAUGGAUGGGGAGAGACUAUCUUGGAGACAUCAGGGCCAUCAUUGAUUGGGACUACUACAGACAGAGGUUGGAGUGUGUCGUGCAAAGGAUGGUUAUACUGCCUGCGUUGUCCCAGGGAGUCAGGAACCCGCUAAGAGAGAUCCAGGUGCCUGUUUGGGCGAACAGUGGUGCUGGGCUUGGAGACUUUGGCCUUAAGAGAACGAGUGAUAUUGAGGAUGCCUCCUGCAAGUUACAGGCGAGAAGUGGCGCAGAACCUGUGGACAGCAAGCACAGGAAAGGUGGGGAAAGUAAAGAAAACCAUGGAGAUGGUGAGAAUGGGAUGCAAGAACUGAUGAAGACGGACAUGGCUGAGUAUGUCCUUAGAAGCAGAGCGAGAUGGAUGGAGAUAGUGCAAAGAAUUAUGGAGAAGGGAGAUGUUGUCAAACUUGUCUGUACCAACGAUGGACACAUGGACGUAUAUUGUAGUGGGCGAACCAGUGCUGUGGACAGGAUUCCUCUGGAGAGAGAGAUUUACAUGCAGAUUAAUGAUUGGAGGUAUUUUGAAGAGUCUGGAGAGGUUGAGAAAACAGUAGCAUGGCCGCCGGAGAGCCCCGAAAGUGUGGAGAUGGGUGUUAUCAGGCUGAAAGAAAGCGAGUUUGUGGGGAACUACGCAUUGUAUAAGAGAUUCCUCAAUCACUUUUCGAUUAGAAGGGUCUUUGAGGACAAGGUCCCGAUUCUGUAUAGCAAUAUGAGGGAAUGCGAGGGACAUGAAAUCGGAUUUGUAACUAUAACCAGCUUUGUAUUCCAGGGAGAAUCUGUGUACGUGGCGGGAGAAGAAGUUUUUGUGUCUUCUGAAGGGAGGAAGUUCAAUGACCUUGAAAGAUAUCUUCUUGAGAAUUUUGGCCGAUGGAAGAUCGCCGUUAUCAGCUCUGGGGACCCUUCCAAAGCUGAGCUUCGUGAGAUCCUGAGAAGGUACCAUGUUCUUGAAGUGCCCCUGAAGAGAACUCCGUCUCCAAAGGAAUACGUGGAGAUGUGCCGCGAGGAAAAGGAAUUCCACCAUCUCAUGGCAGGGGAGAUGGAGAUGAUAUGCAAGGCAAGCAGGUAUACAGGGGUGCCUAUUUUCAACAUAGACGAGCAUAUAAUGGACAUGGUGUUUUAUAGAGAGCUGAGGAAGAACGGGGUUGUAAGUGGGAGGCAAAAGUCGGAGAUGCACCACUCUUCAUAUCUGAGAACGGAAAGGUUCAGAGCCGGGCUUUACAAAGGAUACAGCAUUGAGAUUGAAUGUAUAGGAACCCUGGUUCUCUCGAUUAUUGAAUAUAAGGCAUUUUUGGGGGAGGACACAUUGUUUGGAGGAGUAGCAAGAAAGGAUUUCAAUGUUCUUCGGAAUCUUUUGAAGAGGGUAGUUCUCGACUCUGUCCGAGGGGAGGAGGGGACCAGGCUUCUCCUAAGGAACAUUGUGUCGUGGAUAAGGAGAGACUCUACCGUUAUCUGCCCCGAGCUCAGGAAUAUCUGCUGCAUGCUGCAGAAAAGAUAUGUGAUGCACCUGGCCAAGAGACUGAGAGAUGAGGGAUACGAUGUGGUUUGCAUGGCUGGAGAUGUGAUUCUGAUUAACACGGGAAAGACAAGUGAGAAGGCUGCCCUGGACUUCUUUCAUCAUAUCUGCAAAAGAGGAUCCGAGCUCUGUGGAUACGAAUUGAUGAAGAUGAAGCUCAUCAGAAAGUUCCAGAAGCUUGCGUUUAUAAGUCCCAGCUCCUACUUCUUCGUCGACAGUGAAGAGUAUUUUUGCUUCAGCGAAAGUAACGUCCCCACGGCAUUUCUAAGGGCCUACUUCGGAGAUUGCCCAGUUGAUCCUGAGUUUGUGUACGGCCUUAUUACCAGGAUUCCCCUGGAGAGCUCUAGGAUAAUUCUAAGGCUUCUUUCGCUGAGACAGGAUGCACAGACCUUGAUGUCCAAUUGCUAUAGACUUCUUCAUCUGAGCGAGUUUGAAGAGGAGAAGGGGACGGAAAUGCAGCUUGACAUUGGAUGUCCCUCGUGUGGAAUGGAGAAUGUGCUGAGAUCCAGAUGCAUAAAAUGCUACAAGCCAUAUCCAAAGGAUGCCGUGCUUGAGGUGUGCAUGGCCCAUGCCAAGCAUCUUCUUUGGCUGGAGCUAUCUCGGGAUCUGUACUGCGUUAGAUGUGGGAGAGUUAAUGAGACAAAGCUGUCAGACUUCUGCAAGUGCGGAGGAGCCUUCAAAAAGAGAGGAUACAUGAAGGAGCUGGAAGAGCUGAGGAAAGUGGCCUCUAGCCCGAUCUUUGAUGAAUUUUGCAGGAGGAUUUCAAAGCACUUCUUGCAGGAGUGUCUCCGCUCAGAAGUUAAGAAUAAGCCCAACAGCCCAUAUUUUGAUGUGCUCGGAAAUUAG